ACAGAGACCUCAAACCCGAAAAUAUAUUAAUUGCUGAAAAUGUAAGGAACGGUAGAUUUAUUAAGUUAUGCAACUUUGGUUUGGCUACAGUCCAUGACAAACGGAUUCAUUACCAGACAAACAAUAAACACACCGCAGAUGUCGGUGACAUGAGAUAUAUGGCCCCAGAAGUGUCUCUACUCAAUAGAGGGACCUCAACCCAAUUCCGAAGUGCCAUCCCUAAGAGGGCGUCGAGUAGUAUAUCACGUAAUACUGAGUCUAAUGUGUCGACCGGAAUCCGUCACAUGAUAUGUCGGUUGGCCUUUCUUUUUUCCAUUCUGAAUAAUAUAUGCAAUCAGUGCCACCACGUGACCACCGUCACCUUC